AUGGCGACAUGCCUCCCGUACCCAGACAAUAUCCCGCCAGAAAAUCUGCUGGCCCAAGUGACAGUAAUUGACGCAGACUACGGUGACUCCAACAUCAUCGACCUGUACGAGUUCGCCCUCGGCCUCGAGAAUGAGUAUAUCACCCCCCUCGUCCGCCGCUCACUUAUCGACACUGGCCCCAAAAAGAACAAAAUCGCCAAUGCCAUUAUCCACGCCCUCGUGAACCACGGGCUCCCCCUCCCUGAGUCCACCCCUCACCCACAGCCCAUCGUGCCGCGCCUCUACGAGCUCCAAGUCACGCAUUUGGACCAAGAUCACAUCGGCAAUGCUGUGUCCGUCCUCAAUAACUUGAACUCGGACCAGCUUCCUCCUGACCCCCAGCCGGGCCAGGACUCUGUCCCCCUUAUCGUACGAUACUCGGAUAUCCCACCAGCCAUGCCAAACAUCGAUGCCCACUUCACCGCGGCCGAGGUCGUCGAGCCUAAUAUCCGGUUCGAGUUCCGGCUGGAUAACCUGAUCCAAUGGCAGACCCGGCUUGGAAAUAUUGGACUCGUUCCCAUCUUCGCGGGUGCCACGGCCAGGCUGUCCACUACGCAAGGUCAAGGCUUCAGCGUUGGCGUGUCAUCGACGACAGUCAGCGAAUCGGAGAUGCUAAGCUACUUGAUUCCGAUCUCAAUGGUCAAGGGGUUUGCCGAUUACUUAUUUGGUCAUGGACUAAGAAAAGGCACGUUUGAAUUUGGGUUCCUGUGUGAGAUUAACGAUACUACAAACGAGACUUCCUACGCGCCAAGGAGCGUGCUGAGAGAAAAUGUCGAGAUGUCGCUAGAUUUGCGAAAAGUAAUACCGUGGAUGUUGGCGUUCAUUGGAGAUACCCUCUCGCAGAAUCAUUUUAGUCGGACUUCCGGAGUAGUAAAUGGCCUAGAGCCGAUGGUCACUUGGAAUCCUCCGUUUGAGGUGGUAACUAGACGGAUCGCCGAGUUGGAGGCGCUGCUCAAGACGAGACAUAGCAAUAAGAUUACCCACGAACGGCCUCUUUAUGAUCAGAAAGUCUUUCGUCAACAUACAAAUGGAAUCCUCAACGACAUCGAUGUAACGCAAGCCAUCGUCGGCCCCAUGCUGGAUGUUUAUCAACUGCGCCAGCGCUACGACAUUCCCAACUAUCUCAAGGCGAAGACAAAGGAUCCCACCUUCGAAGACAUCAUCUACGAGGCGGAAAACGCUGAAAAGAUCCUGAACCGGGCCUCUGUGGUCACGGUGUUCGGCCGCCGCGAGAAGGACUUUGACAUGUUAUUCACCGGUGAUGCGUAUGAACAGGAAUCAAAUAUCAGACACAGCAUCGCCAUGUGGAAGAAUGGCCUAGCUGCCGGGGCGCCACUGUUCAAGUUCAGCGCGAUGAAGAUUCCGCAUCAUGGGUCAGAAAAGACGACGCAUGCGCAAUUCUAUUCUGCUGUCAGGGCGGAUGUGUAUUUCAUUUCUGCACAACACUCGACACAUGGAAACCCGCGGUUGUCGAGCCUGCAGGCCAUCGUGAAGGGCUUUUACGACAAUCCGAGAGGGAACGGUAGAAACUAUCGCCUCUUCUUCUCGGACCCAAAAGCCCUGGAGUCGACCACAUUGAAGCCUAGCCCGCUCAAGACACUUCUCCAGACGCACGACUAUGCGCCCAGUGAUCACCUCCAGUACGAGGCUCACAUCCUCAUGCCUUCGCCGGACAAUCAACGACAGAGCUACGGUUCAGUGCUGUUCUACUUGGAUGCGAACGACAAGCCGUAUGAGUUUUUCCAUCCAAAUGAAUGGUGGCAAGUGGCCGGGCCGCCGCCGUUCAUGCCGCCUGCUUUUCCAUAA